ACGAACGCGGGCAUCAGUAUUUUUCCUUGUUUUGGCUUCCUUUCUCUAAUCUAUCGCUUUUUAUCCUCACAGAUAACACACACAGUCAACGUGUGUGUAUUGAGUUAUAAAUACAAGCGAAGGGGGAGCUAUUGAGUGAGUGCAGGCCAUGUAGACUGUGUUGUCCUGAAGUCAAUUGUUAAUAUUCUUUACAUAAUUACUUGAUAAUACUUUUUUAUUGUUUAUACAAUGUGCAAAGACAUAUAUAGCGACUGCAAUGCUUUAAUUUGGAGCUAAAGUUGUUUUUAUUUCUUGUGCGCUAUAAUCGGUAAACAGCAGUUGGAUGAUGUCACUUCCGCUACAUUACUUCCUGUUGGUUGACUUCCGGUACUCGUCCGAAAGCAAGUCGUACAUGUUGCUGUCUUCUGUAAUAAUCUCUGUUGCCGUCCUACACAAAGCAGCGAAGAAGCAAUGCCGUUUGGCUUGGUGUUGAGUCGACGUUUCUACACGUCUCGUGAGAACACUAAAUAGACUGUCGAUGCCGGGGUUGCCAUGGAGACGUUAGUUGGGAUGCUAGCAGCGAGCUAACGUCUUGUCUCAACAUGGCGGAGCUGCACGUCAUCGGGCAGCUCGUCGGGGCUUCAGGUUUCCCCCAGAGUAGCCUCUUUUGCAAAUGGGGGGUCCACACCGGAGGAGCGUGGCGUCUUCUCUCCGGCGCCAAGCAGGGUCAGACCCAAGUGGACAGCCCUCGGACAGGAGACGUGUCGUACUGGAGCCACCCCGUCGACGUGCAUUACGCCACCAAGGGGCUCCAAGGCUGGCCCAGAGUUCACCUCCAGGUGUGGUGCCAGGACUCCUUCGGCCGCUGCCAGCUGCUCGGGUACGGCUACUGCCACGUGCCCUCCAGCCCAGGACACCACCGAAUAAGGUGUGCCACGUGGCGCCCCCUCGGCUCCUGGCAGGAGCAGCUGUCGCAGAUGUUCGUGGGCGGAGGACUGCAGCUCAGGAACCCGGACCUCAUCUACGGCAGGGCGGACCGGUUCAGACUGCGCACCGUUGCCAUGGGGACUGUGGAGCUGGAGCUCAGCAUCAUUAUGAGACACUUUGACAAAUAUGGCGUGGACACUUAAUGUGCACCAAGAGUAACACUUGUUUACAUUUAAGCUUUUGUACUUUAGUUCAAAUAUGUCUGCUUUUACGUGCUGUACUGAUUUUAUACAUAUAUUAAUAAAAUACAUGCAUUUUCAA